CCUGUAACGAUAUCGCUAAAUGAGUCAGAAUUGUUCAGAAAUUGUUCCUGGAAACUUUCUUCUGAUAUCUCAGUAUUCUCAGACACAAAAUAGAAUGAAUGAAAUGGGAAAAAACUGGGAACUCUUGAAAAAAGAAGUACGAAAUUCUUUGAGAAAAAAAUAUCUCUCCUGAUUCUAAGCGAAGAUAUUUAUUUCUAGCCAAAAAGGAUUUAUAUUUCUACUAAUAAACAACGCCACCAGUUGCAAGUCAGAAUCCAGGAGCUCGAAAGGGAAAAUCAGAUCAUAACACGAAGGCCUUAUCGAACUUUAGAAAAGGUUGUUAAAUAAUUACAGACCUUAACUUAGGUUAUACGUUUCCAAUCUGUUCACCACGGUGACAUAAAGUUCUUUGUUAAAGGACGAAGACAUUGUCGAAACCUUUCCCUCAAUCUGAUACAGACAUAAUGAUAAAGAACGGUGUAUGUUGUACUGUUUGAUAAAACAGAACCAGAAAUUGAACAGAAGAAAUCUGGAACUGGAGGAGGAACUGUGCAGAGUAAAACAACAACUUCAAGACACUUCUCAAAAGUUUCUAGACAGAACCCAGGAGCUUAAUAAGGAAAAUCAGAGUAUAACACAAGGGAAUCUGGAAUUGGAGCAAAAACUGGCCAUGGUAAAACAACAACUUCAAGACUUCAAGACUUCUCACGCUCAAGAGGAUUUGGAGGACAACUUUGAUAUGUCACACAGAGAGAAUGAUUCAGAAGAUACCAGAGAUGAUGCCGCGCGUGAAGUUGAUGAAAAGCUGAAAGACCUCAACCAACAACUCCAUAGAAAAGUGACGUCUCUUUUGCAAGUGCCAGAAGUAAAGGAAGACAAACUGAGAGUUCCUGUGACACUAGACCUUUUAAAAAGACUCAGUGUAAGUCUGCAAGAGUUAUACAGCUCUGUCCUUUCAAUGGCGGCCGAGACUUUUAAAUGCAGCGAAAAGGUGAAACGGGAAUUUUAUGAUUUUGCGUAUCACGGUAUCAGAGCGGAACACAACGAUUUGGUGCACCGAGUUGAGGAUUUGGCAACGGCACAAGAAGAAAUGACAGACGAAGAGAAAAAGGAUUUUGGUAAACUCCAAAAACUUCAGACCAACCGACAGAGAGAGGUUGAUAAACUUGAAAAUCUGUGGAAAGGUCUGUUCUCACCGGCACUGCAACCUGAAAGUCUUCCUCCAUCUUCCUAUUCUGCACCAUGUGGGGCGACUUGUUAUUCUGAAAAGGACUCGAGGCGAAAAUGUACAGACCCAAUUGCUCAACCCAAAUCCAGGGUCAGGCUAGGUGAACAGAACACCAGUCCAGUGGCAAAAACUAUGAGAAAGGAUAAAAAGUUCGGAAGGCGUUUUACAAAUAUGAAGAAGACCUUCUUCGGAAAAAAAAGAAGCGAAGAAAAUCUGUGCCGCCUUAUGUCAUACUCAGCAAUGAAUCACAGGGAUUCUUGAAUGGCUCAAGAAGGAUGAUUCAAUCGCACAUGGCAUAAGGUGACUAGUCGACGAAAAUCUAGCAAACGCACAAAGUCAAUGAAUAUCUAGCAAAAGGCACAAAGUUGACAAUAUCUAGCAAACGUACAAAGUCAACAAAGAAUUACUGCAAACGAACAAAGUCAUAUUGUAGCAGAUUGCUGGUUAGUAGUGCUUUAUUGCAAAGGGAGUAAAAAUGCCUCAAUAAAUUGGAUCUAAGCCAAACCCGAUAUGAACUUGACGAUGAUAAGGUUCCAUUGGUGAAAUUACGCAGACUUCAAAAUUGAGCAGCUAGGCUUUUAUACAACAUACCAAGAUACUCUCAUAUUACAUCUAACAGUUUUUUGCAUUGGUAACGGGUUAAAUUUGACUUUUUAAAGUUAUUUUAUUCACAUUUGAAAUAUACAUGUAUUAUAGGUAACAAUGCAAUAAUAUCAGAUCUUCUAAAGGUUUACCUUGACAACUACCAAAUGUCCUGACCCUAGAAUCGCAUCAAUGAAUAAAAUCUCGCAUUCUGAUUGGUUAA